CGUCAUUGAUUUUGAUCGACUCAGGACUCUGAGUAGAUGACACACGUCACAACAAAAAAACAACUACAAUUUCAUGUUUUUGCAUCACUAGAAAACAAAUUGGAUCAGGAUUAAAGAAUAAUUUUUAAAAGAAAUACCGACAAAUAUGGAGACUUUAUAUCAUCAAACAAAUCGAAUAUUACAAGAGAUUGAGCAAAGCUUUCAAAAAUUAGUACAGACUGCUGGACAACCGGAUAAUUAUGAUGUGGAAAAUGAGAUACAAAUGAAAAUAACACAAGUAAAUUCCAAUUGUGACCGUUUAGAUGUUUUACUCUACAAAGUGCCGGCCUCACAAAGACAGAGCGCAAAAAUGCGGGUGGAUCAAAUAAAAUAUGAUGUCCGACACCUUCAGAGUAGUUUGCAAAUGUUUAGAGAAAAGAGACAGCGUAAACAACAGGAAUUGUCAGAACGUGAACAGUUAUUAAGUCACAGAUUUGCACCCAAUAGUGCUGAAACAUGUCUCGAUAUCGAUUAUGCUUUACAACACAAUACCCAGUUGGGUAAUGCUCAUCGGGGCGUUGAUGAUAUGAUUGCAACAGGCGGUAAUAUACUCAGUAGUUUGGUAAAUCAACGUAGCACGUUAAAAGGGGCCCAAAAACGCCUGAUGACUAUUGGUAGUACAUUAGGUUUGUCCAAUCAUACAAUGAAAUUGAUUGAACGAAGAUUUGUUGAGGAUAAGUAUGUAAUGUUGGGUGGUAUGUUUGUUACGUUGGUUGUUAUUGUGCUGGUCAUCUAUUUUAUGGUUUUAUAGUUUAAACAUACGAUAAACAAUUUUGUUUGCCUUUAUAUCUUUAUUUCGAACUCUAAUUGUAAGAUUACAAGCAAAGAAUAAAAUUCUACACAAAUACGUAA